UAAUACAACUAACAGCAUUUUCAAACUGGAUGGUACUGAAAUGCUUUUGUCUUGACGGUAUUAUAAUACAUUUGUCAUAUCCUACAUUGAAAGCCAGGUAGCUAGUGCAGGCAGAAUGGUUACCCAGUCAUUUCCCUCACUGACCGCUGCUACACCUUCUACUAUUAACACCCUUGAAGAUUCCCUCCAAUGUUGGUAAAUAAUUCUGCUUGUUUUUUUGCCCAUUAUAAACUUGGGGCAUCAGUGUAGGUUGAGUGGACAAGAAUAAAGUUUCCUUACAAAGCUUACAUUAACUUUACUGGCUAGAGCUCAAAUGUGUAAGGAUUGAACCACGCAAAAAAGCAUUCAAGAAGGUUAACGAACUGACGACAGACUGUUAACGUUUAUGAAGGCAGUAAUAGUGGGAUCACCCGAGGAACUAUGCUCGUCUACCUGCGAUGUUGUGAUUGAAAAACCGGUGACGACUAAUACUGUUUAUACUGUGCAUUGAAGUAACCGAGCACCCGUACACAAGAUAUACCUCCAUGCCACCGUCACUGGCCUCCAUCUGAUGUACCCAAGUCAAGUUUCAUGUGGGAAUGGGAAAAAGAAGACUUCACAAGUGCUUCAAAACUCUCUGUUGCCGGCUGGCGUGGUGUGGGUGCAGGCAGGGCAGUGGGAGCAGCAACAACGGCAGCCACAACAGCAACGAGGAAACCACCGCCAUGAACGGGUCCGUCGGAGAACGCGUGGCCAUCUUGGACGCGGGUGCCCAGUACGGCAAAGUCAUCGACCGACGUGUCCGGGAACUGAACGUAGAGACAGAUAUCCUACCUCUCGACACUCCAGCAUACACCCUCAAAGAAAAGGGAUAUAGAGCUAUAAUAAUAUCGGGUGGGCCAAAUUCUGUAUAUGCUGAAGACGCUCCACGCUACGACUCGGACAUCUUCAAAAUAAACGUACCUGUAUUAGGCAUCUGUUACGGCAUGCAGCUUAUAAACAAAGAGUUUGGGGGAACAGUGCUAAGAAAAGCAUCCAGAGAAGACGGCCAGUAUACUGUAGAAGUUGAUAACUUUUGUCACAUAUUCAAGUAUAUGGGAGUCAAACAGAACGUCCUGCUCACUCACGGGGACUGUGUCGACAAGGUAGCUGACGGAUUUAAGGUUGUGGCCACGUCAGGAAAUAUCAUCGCCGCCAUUGCCAAUGACAAGCUUCGCAUCUAUGGGGUUCAGUUUCAUCCUGAGGUUGAUCUGACUGAACAAGGGAUGACCAUGAUGAGGAACUUCUUGUAUGAGAUCAGUGGCCUCUCAGGGACCUACACCCUCCAGAACAGAGAACUCCAGUGUAUAAACUACAUCAAGGAACAUGUAGGGUCAAACAAAGUCUUGAUGUUGGUGAGCGGAGGAGUAGAUUCUACCGUGUGUGCGGCCCUUCUUCACAAAGCUCUGUCAGAGGAGCAGGUGAUAGCAGUUCACAUAGACAACGGCUUCAUGAGGAAGAAUGAGUCACUGCAGGUGGAGCAGUCACUCAGGAAACUUGGCCUUAAACUCAGGGUGGUUAACGCAAGACAUCAGUUCUAUGAUGGGGUGACGAGCAUACCCGUGGACAGCACCGACCCCAUGGGGAGGAAACACGUCACCAAUCUACUCUGUAUGACAAUCAGUCCCGAGGAGAAGCGAAAAAUUAUAGGAGAUACUUUUAUUAAGGUUGCUAAUGAGGUUAUUUCCGAGAUGAAUCUAAGAACAGAGGAAGUGAUGCUGGGUCAGGGCACGUUGAGACCAGAUCUCAUUGAAUCCGCUUCAUCGUUGGUCUCGGGAAACGCCCAGAACAUAAAAACUCACCACAAUGACACAGACCUUGUUCGACUUCUCAGGGCACAAGGCAGAGUAGUUGAACCACUAAAGGAUUUCCACAAAGAUGAGGUACGGCAAAUUGGUCGAGAUUUGGGACUUUUAGAAGAGUUUGUUCAGCGUCACCCAUUCCCGGGCCCCGGCCUAGCCAUUCGAGUAUUAUGUGCUGAAGAAACGUAUAUGGAGAGAGAUUUCUCAGAAACUCAAGUCGUCCUGAAAGUUCUUGUAGAUUAUUCAGCCAGUGUUCAAAAGAAGUAUGCGCUGCUUAACCGAAUAGAGAACUGCACAAAUGAAGAAGAGCGCCAGGAGCUGCACCGAAUCUCUCUGAGCCAGACGCUGUACGCUACACUCUUACCUGUCAAGUCUGUUGGGGUCCAGGGAGACUGCCGGAGUUACAGCUACGUCUCUGUCCUCUCCUGUGACUCAGAACCGGUGUGGGAAGACCUGCUGGUUCUCGCCCGUCUUAUACCCAAAAUCUGUCACAAUAUCAAUCGAGUUUGCUUUGUAUUUGGUGGUGCUGUAAAAGAUCUCGUGCAGGACAUCACUCAAACUAAUCUCACCCCGGGAGUCCUGGCCACGUUACGACAGGUCGACUUCUUAGCCAAUCAAGUACUGGCAGAGUCGGGAUUCACAGAGAAGUUAGCACAGAUGCCAUUAGUAUUAAUACCAAUACAUUUUGACCGGGACCCAGUAACACGUCUGCCCUCUUGCCAGCGGUCGGUGGUGCUCAGACCCUUCAUCACGCACGACUUCAUGACUGGUAUACCUGCACUACCAGGCAAACACAUCCCAGUUGAGCUGGUGAACAAGAUGGUAGCAGAGAUACUUGGAGUUGCAGGUAUAAGCAGAGUGUUGUACGACCUGACCUCCAAGCCGCCAGGAACGACCGAAUGGGAGUGACCAAUCUAGGACCAUUGUUAUCAGCCGUUAUUGAAUGGUUGAAGACGGAAGGAUGGCGAGAGUAAUUGUCGUCUCUUCCGUCACAAAAUCCAUUGGUUGCCUUGGAAGAACGGAGGACAUGAUAAAGAAGAGGCCAAGGUGAAAUCAACCAUAACUCAGGUCAGGAUCAGAGCAAAUCCAGCAAAGCUGGUAAACCACAGUGUGCAAGAACAGGUGUGUGAAUUCGCUCAGUAGUUACCGUACCGUACUGUCACAAGUGAAGAGAUACUAGAGAAUCAUAUUUUGUGUUUUGAAGUUUAAAAUAAAAGGCAGGAAAAAGUGAUAUAUCAUUUGAUAAAUUUUCAGUGACCCGCAGCACAGAUUUUCACCAUAAACAAGACAGUGUACGCCGUGGUCACGUGACGAACCCGAACCCCAUUACCGCUUAGCCUCGGACGAUUCCUUGUACGCUACCGGGCAAAUUCCUCGUUUCUGCUCGACUUGUAUUAUCCGCUACCAAUUAUUUGCAGCACACACACUUUAUGUUUUGGCUAACGAGUCAGUACUGAUGAUCGUUUUAUUGUGUGUUGGGCCAGAAGUGUUGAAUGGAGAUGAUGGUUGAGGAGUGGACUGGCUAGUGAUGCUGGAAGAUACUGGUAGCUCAACAUGGCUGUGAUGACGUGGCCGGUCGCCAUCAUGAAAGAACCAGGUGCUGGGGGAGCACCAGUGAAUUGCCUAUCAAGUUGUGUGAAAUAAUAACCAAAUUUAUGGUCCAGUCAGUAUGAUUUACAGUGAUAUUAAUCUUCAUUGUGAUGUAUUUCAAUCUAAUUUUGGCUGUUAAUGUAUCAUUGCAAGAUAUAUGACCAAGCUCCUGUAGUGUCUAAGAGGACAUGUAGAGCUUAAUGCACAACAUAACAUGGGUGUUGCUGAUGGCUCCAGCAGUUUCCAAGAAAGAGGUUUCUUGUGUAAACAAGGAAGAAUGUUACGUGUUCCCUUGUGUUAAUUUAAUAUAUAUAAAGUUUGAACUGAAGAAAUAAUUUAGAUCAGAGACAAUAUUAUUAAGUAAUUUGUUAUGAGUUCAUAAUUGUACAUUGUGUUUAGAAGGGGAUGGUAUACACUGAUAAUAAAACAUUUACAAACUAUAUCUAGUAAAAGUAUCAAGAACCAAGUUAUAUGAAAGUCAAGGAAGUGGAAAUGUAAAACAAAACAUUCACAAUUUGAGCUUAAUAUAUGAAGGCUGCUUCUUACUUGGGCCAGGUGCUCACUUUUGUCAAGAAGUUGUUCAUCAACUAACCCUCAGUUGUUGCUACACAUUACCAGGUAUAACUUUUCUCAAAUCCCAUUUCUACAUUUAACUUAUUUAUAUUGCUUUAGUUUUAGGUCUUUAUCUACGCCACACAAAUAGGGUCGGCAGUUCUCUACACAGUCCACCUGGCCGUCAGACUGUACUACAGAGCCUCGCCUCGUAGAGCAAGUUGCACUCCUGGUUUUAGACAAGGUUAACUGUUAGUGGAUGUGCAUUAUUGGCAAGGAAUAAGGCAGUGGAACUUGCACCUCACUGAGUGUGCUAAGAGGUUUUGUCUACCAGGUGUUUAAAUGUGGCACAAUAUUUUGGAUACAACGAUAAAGUAGUGUCCAAGACGUUGGUGGUUAAGAUGGAUUUACAGGAGUUGGUCAGCAGUUUUGUUAUGUGGCAAUAACUGGCUAAUUGGUCUGCAUUCUGCUAAGGAAUGAUGGAAGCUGUUUUUCCUAUUUUUUCCACUAAUUCAAUAUUGGGUGAGAGCAAGAGAAGGAUUUCUCAAGAAUUUCCAACACGGCCUACCUGUCUAGUCUUAUUCCGACGGCAACUACAUCACCGAUUUGAAUUUCCGGAAAAUGAUCCGUUUCAUAUAAGUAUUUGCUAUUUGGAAAUUUAGCCUAUCUAGCAUUAUUUGCUAAUAUCUUAUAUGUUGGAUGAUGUUAUAUGUUUUACACAAGGUAAAUAAUUAACUUUUUACAUGAAAGUAAAUCUUGCUUGGUCGAGGUUUACUUUUGCGGUCAACUGAGAAGUGUUACCUACACUACCAUUAGCUGGGCAAAAGGGUAUUGUUACCUUGUGCUUAAGUUCCCAGACUACCUAGCUCCUACCCUCCACAAAUUCACCACUUCAUCUUGCUCGGUACGGCCAGUGUUCCCUAGAGUAACCGUCUUCUCAUUAUUUACAUAUAACUUUAGAUGGUACAGUAGUUAGGUAGAUCUACGUCAGUUACCAUAAGUGAUAAUUAGGUAAUAUAUGUUCACGAUUAAUGCUUUUGAGUUCUUAUUAAGGUCAUAAAGGUGAAGAUUUUUUACUGAGAUGUAUUCAACUUGCUUAGACACUGCCUGAGACUGCCCAGUGUAUGCCGUCCCCCCUUUAGCAGCAGUUUAGGUUCUGUAUUGUUUAUAUUAUUUGGGGUAAAUGAGUCUAUUGCCAUCUGAAAUAAUUUAUCCCAUGUGCAGCACAAAAUAUGGCUUCAUCAGGUAUUUUCAUCACUGGCAUUUUUCAAAUUUAGUUUUUUUUUUUUUAAAUAGGAAUUAUAUUAACUAAAAUGAUGAAAGAAAACAAGAAAUAAACCUUAGCGUCACUUAAUUGUUAAAAGUUUUAUAAUUUAUUUAUAUAUUUUUUGUUAGAAUAAUAAAAAAUUAUAGCACAUGUGGUAGUAUUAAUGCUGCAGAGAUAAUUUAGUGGAAAGAUAAUUCACAAUAUACAAUUUUGGAUCUUCUAAACAAGAACAGAUUUACUCAUUCUCAGAUUAUGACCCAAAAAUUUAUAUGAUACUGCAAAACUGGAUUAUCAGAUGCACUUUAUUUUGAAGACAAAAAAUAGAAUGAAUUUAGAAUUUUAUAAUCUAUGUUAUUUGUGUUUAGUCCAUUUUGUUCACUGCCUGCAACAGCUCGAGAUAAUGACCAUCUGAUCUUGAGCACAUUGCCUGACACUGUUGAUUUACAAGUGACCUUAAUACUUCAGAUGUUGGGCUGUAAUUUUGGCCCAAAAUGUAAUAUCUUGCAUGAUAACUCAAUUCUGUGGUACAAAAAUUAUAAGGAUUUUAUUUGUAAAGUAGAGCAUAUUAUGGUAAUUUAAAAUAAGAUAUUAUUUCCUUUACUAUUUUGGUAAACUGUAUUGAGAUGCAAUGAUUUGCUUUGACCACCUCCCCCAGCCCCACCAUCUGGAACCUGUUUCAGUUUGUAUUUAUUUGAUAAUAUCAUAAACAUUUUCAAAAUGCCA